AUGACAGCAAAUAUUUCAUCAUCAACAAAUACAAAUCGAUCAACAAAUUUAUCAAUAUCAAAUGGUCAUUUAUCAAAUAUUUCUAAUGAUAAUAAUACUACUACUAAUAAUAAUGAAGAAGAUCAAUUAAAUCGUAUUAAUUUACAAGCAUUACAAAAUCGUGAUCCAUAUAUAUCUAAAAUAGUUGAUCAAGCACAACGUGUUUGUGUUUAUAAAUUUAUUGCUGAAAAACGUGAAUGGGAACGUAAAGAUCUCGAAGGAACAUUAUUUGUUUAUGAAAGAAUAUGCAAACCCUAUCAUGGUUUUGUUAUAUUAAGUACAGUUUCACGUGAAACAUUUGUACAAAUAAUAAAACCAUCUAUGGAAUUUAAACAUACACCUACUUAUGAAGCAUUUCUUCAAUAUAAAGUUGAUGUUGGAGAUAUUUAUGGAAUAUGGUUUAUUUCAAAAAAUGAUUGUCCUCGUGUAACCGAAUGUUUAAAAUGUUUAACAGAAAAAGCAAAAGAAUGUGAACAAUUAAAAACAACUGAAAAUGUUCUGUCUACAACAUCAAAAAAAUCAAAUGAUAUUAUUUCAUUAUUAAAUAAUGCUCAUGAUAAAUUUCAAGACUCUAAACGUAAACAGGAAACAAAUAACGGUGAAACAUCAACACCAAUGCCAGCUGUACUUUUACGUUUAUUUUCUACUCAAGAAACAUCCACACAAUCAAAUAUAAAUAAUGAUGAACGUGGAGAAGAAUUAAAAAAAACAUUAGGCAUUUCAGGCAAACCAGCAUUAAGUGUAACAGAACUUGAAAAACAAUUACUUCAAUCAACAUCUUCUCAAGAGACAACAAAAACUGAUCUUAAUAGUGAUAAUCUUGAAAAACCUGUGCCGAUUUCAAGAAAAACUCAAAUACAAACUUCAUCUCAAUCAAUAUCACCUCGUACAGUGACAAAUUUACAUUCCACUACUCUUAAUUCGAAACCCUUGAAUGGACUUGAGUCUACAUCAACAAACACUAAUCGUUUAAUGACACCAGCAGAUUUUCAAACAUUAAGUUUUACAGAAUCACCAGUUGGUGCCGCUCCGACACAAAUUGAGCCGUCAUCGUCAUCAGCAUCAUCUCAUCAUUGUCAACAUCAACAAUCCUCAUCAACUAAUCAUUUUUCAAAAGAUUAUCUUCGACAAUUGUUAGUUGAUAUGCUUCAAAAUGACGAAGGACUUGUAACCGGUUUAUAUAAUGCUUAUAUUGAAAAACAAACUAUUUUACGCCAUUCUCAAAAACAAAUUAAAUCAUAUUUCGAACAAAAUUAUGAAAUUAAAGCAGCACUUCAAGUUCUAUCAACAACAUUAGUUAUUGUUAAAGAUAAACAAUCUUUAUCAACAAUAAGUCAGUUAUUUGAUCGUGAAGAAUAA